AUGGGAAAAACGAGUCGGUCGGGUCGGUCGUCGAGUCGCUUGGGCUUGGCGGCGUCGAUGUCGGUACGUACGUUACGUUUACGUACACUCUGCUCUGUGUGUUAUUUCACUCUGUGUUGAACAUUCGUACGAAACGGUUCUCGCGCAGCGCGUUAACUUCUUAUUUUUUUUUCGUGUUGGUUUUUUGGGAUUCAUUCCAAUUCCCGACUCUUGAAGUUUUCUUCAUUGUGGCCUCGGAGAGUCUCUUCAGCUGUUCUCCCCCCCUCUACCACGACUUGAAUGUCGGUCGGUGGUCUUAAGUGAUUUAGAGCCCGUUGGCCCCUUGAGUGUACUCUAUAUAUAUGGAUAGAUAGAGUACAUAGGAUUAUAUAGAGAUUACAAUCUAUCUAUAAAGCGGCAUCCUAAAGAAGAAGGUUUAAAAAACGAUUUUUGGACUUUAAGCGGAUAUAUAGCUUCGGCGAGAGCGAGAGAGAGAGGGCUAACUGACUGCCGCCUUUCAACCUGCUGCCUCUUUCAAUAACCUGGAUCAGUGGUCGCCGUUUUAAAAUUUUAAGUUAAUUUUUCUUGUUGGUUUUUUUUUUUGUUUUUUUUUAAAACGUCGUUUUGGCGGGGCAUUAAGCAACGCCAAAGCAAAGAUUCAUCCAGAAUUCGGAACAUAAACAGCCACUUUGCCGAAAUGCCGACCAUUCGGCGAUGCUGCAUUAUCGGCUGCCUGUCCAAUUCGCGACAGCAUCCGAGCAUGCAGUUCUUUGCGUUUCCCAGGCCAGAGAAUCCCUACCACAAGCUGUGGAAGGAGGCGUGCCACGCCUCACUGCGUCGCAUAAUCCCAUUUAAGAAGCCCGUGGUGUGUGCCCUGCACUUUGAUCCAAGUGUUUUGGGUGGUCGUCGCCUGCAAUCGAAUGCAUUGCCAACACUGCGCCUGGAGGUGCCCUCAAAUCUGGAGGCAGUCGAACAGCAGGCCAUGGUCGAGGAGAUCGAGCGGAGUCGCAAGUGUGCCUACAUCAAUGCGGUGGUCUACGAGUGGUUGGUGCGGGCCAAUAUCAAUCCACAGCUGCGAGGUAGCAUCACCCAUGGCAUGAUCAAGGACAAGGCGGACAAUGCGCGCCAGGUGAUAGGCAGCACCUCGUUCAUAGCGGACAAUCGUUGGUUGAAUCGGUUUCGUGAGACGCAUUUGCAGGGCUUUGCCCAGAAAUUGGCCACCAAUCAAUUGAAGCCCAUGGGCACUUCCUUGUGGAUUCCUGAUAUUGUACAAGAUCUGCAGCAUUUAUUCCCGCCAGCCAGUGCUGAGCGUGUGGCCAAGCUGGAGGAGAUGCCAGAGCAGUAUAUGAACUAUAUGCAGCAAUAUGGCGAAUACGAGGAGGACGACGACAGCAUGGAUCUCAAGGAGCAGCAGAGCUAUCAGGAGCAGCAGCAGCAUUUCGCCCUGCAGCAGCAACAUCUACAACAGCAGCAGCAACAGCAACACCAGCAAGGACAUCCCAUGAAUCAUGCUUGGCCGCCGUAUCCAGGUCAUCCACCACAUCCUCCUCCCCAUCCAGGAUUUGCAGGCUUCAAUGAUUACUACUUUGAACGCCACCAGCAGCAGAUGCAGCAGCAAAUGCAACAGCAGCAACAACAACAGCAGCAACAGCAUCAUCAUCAGCACCAGCAACAGAUGCAACAGCAAUUCCCCCCGAUAUCACCGGCACAGCGAGAGCCUUUCCAGCCGCAGCUGCCACCAAAUGUUCCUCCACAGCGGGCCAGUCCCUUCCAGCCCGUACAGUUGGCCAAACGUCCCAAAAUGGAAUCUCCAGAUGAUGAUGAAGUACAGGAAAUCAAUGCCAAUGCCGCCUCGCCCCUGCCUCUGGCCGAAUCCACGCUAUCCACGCAAAGUAUAUGCAUCUCCAGUCCAAAUGCCAAGGAGCAGAACAACAACAACAAUAACAAUGGAGGACGGGACAGUGCCAGCAGUAAAGAGAACGCACCCAAAGCCAAUGGUGGAGGCAUUAGCAGCGGCAAAUCCACUCCAGCCCUUUCAAACAAGGGUCAAAACUCACCGGUCACACCAAUUGUAUCCGCGCCAGCCUCGCCAAAGAAGACCAGCAGCAAUGGUGGCAUUGGUGGGGCCAGUACUAGUUCCAACGGACAUCCCUCUCCAGAGCCCGCAGCGCAGACAGCAGCAGCAUCCGCCAGCAACGGCGCCCUGGCCAUUUCGAAUGUACUAAAGGAGCUCGAUAGCUAUACCCAGGCAUUGGAGUAUCUCAAACCUUUAGAGGAUUUCGUUCUGUUCAAGGAAAACUUUCGUGCCAUCGGCCUGCUCUCACAGCUGGAGUUGGUCCUGCGCAAAGGAGACAAAGCUACGCUCAUCGAGGGCUAAUUGAACGAGAGAGAACGAGGGAAAGCCAAUAAAUGGGGAGAGAUAAAUGAGGGAUAAAUGACAAACACCAAUGUGAUGAAUUAUAUUAUGUAUAUAGAAUUAAGUUUAAUUAAUCAAUAAUUACAAGGGCAGACUAAACUGAAUCUGAACUUAAAAUGAGAUUGAAAUAAAAAGUAUUAAUUUAUUAACUUAA